CUAGCAUAGCAGCCUGCCUCAACAGCGCGGCGCCGGUGUGCUUCAACAGCGCGGCGCCGGUGUGCUGGCAGCUUGAGCAGUAAUACGUGUGUGUGUUGCUUACAUAACAUACCAAACGCGUAGCGUAGCGAGCCUGACGAGAAGCAGCAGCCGUGAGCAAAGCAAAGAGGCAAAUGAGGUGGCUGCUCGUCUGCGCGACGGCCGCGGCCCUCGUCACGCCGCCGCCGCGCCUCCGACCACUCGCAACGACGUGCCGCGUCGGCGCCCCACGACGAACGCAACCCCUCGCCGGCAAGACGCGCGCUUUGCAAGAGACGAACACGAACAGCCCCUGGAAUGAAAAAGGAGACGACUUCCGGAAGGCCUUGAAGGAGUUCCAGGCGAAGGUGACGAAGUGGGUCCUUGUCGUCGCCGCGCGCAUCAAGUUGUACUACCUAAGAGCGCGCGCCUUCGCGCGGACGGACCGAGGGAGAAAAGUGUGCAGUUUGGCGGCCAUCUUGCUCUUCGCCGUGUUGACGCGGAAGGCCCGCGCGGCAUCGGCUCUGAGGAGAGCAGAAUUACUAGCCGUGGAAGAAGUGCCGUGGAGCCAGUUUUUGCGGUCGAUCGAACGAAAAGGCGCUAUCAGUGAGGUCCUCGUGUCCUCCUCAAGGUACGACUUUUUGAUGAAUGGCAUGCGCAAGUACACGGUGCCGGCGGAGGUGCCCGGGUCCUUGGCGUCGAAGAUGCUCCGGAGCGGGGUCGAGUGGAGGCGCGCGCGGCCGCGGGCGUCGCCGGCGUCGGCCGUCGUCUGGUUGAUUGCUAUUGGGUACUUGACGGCGCUGGGACGAGUCGCGAGGCAGAUGACGGGCGGCGGCAUCGGCAAUGUAGGAAGGAGGCGGAAGCAGCUCCCGCGCGUCGACAAAGAGGUCGUCACUUUUGACAGUGUCGCGGGCAUCGACGCCGCGAAGCGCGAGGUCGCCGAGCUCGUGGCGUUGUCGUCACAGGAGUCGGCGAAGCGGUAUCUUGCGGUCGGGGCGCGACCGCCCCGAGGGGUGUUGUUGGUGGGGCCCCCGGGCACGGGCAAAACACUAUUAGCUCGUGCACUAGCGCAGGCCGCCGAGCGGCCCUUCAUUUCUUGUUCCGGCUCGGAGUUCGUCGAGAUGUUCGUGGGGCGAGGUGCGGCUCGCGUGAGGCAGCUCUUUGAGAGAGCAGGAAAAAUAGCCCCAUGUGUCGUGUUCAUCGAUGAAAUAGAUGCGCUCGGUCGAAGGCGGCGGGAGUCGAACUUCGCGGUGGGCAACGCGAAUGAUGAAUUGGAACAGACGCUGAACCAACUCCUGGCGUGCAUGGACGGCGUCGACCCGAAUACUGGUGUCGUCGUAUUGGCGGCAACAAAUAGAUUGAACGUCCUGGACCCGGCGUUAGUACGACCGGGGCGCUUCGACCGGGUGGUGAAGGUGCCGCCGCCCGAUUUAGUAGGGAGGGAGCAGAUUUUAAGAGUUCACGCGCGGAAGGUCGCGCUCGGCUCGGACGUGGACCUUUCAUCAUUGGCGAAGGAGACGCGCGGCCUCGUGGGCGCCGAUUUGGCGGCGAUCAUCAACGAGGCCGCGAUCCGGGCCGCGCGGCGCGGCGCCGCUUUGAUCGGCAAGAACGACGUCAAGAACGCGCUCCAGGAGUACUACGAGUCGCGUUCAACAUUGAACAGCGAGCAGUUCGGGCCGUUCUCCUUCGCGGCGCCGAAGGAGCAGCCGAGUAACUAGCUUCCUCGAGUG